CCGGUGUGUGGCUAACUGACUGAGUUCCUUCGGUCACUACCGCGGAGGUUCGGAGGUUCGGAGGUGUAAACCGAGCCGGACAGGAUCUGGUGGGGAGUCGCCGCCCGCCACUGAAGUGCUGCUUCGCCCAAGGAUGUAGACUAAGCCGCUAAAGUCUUCCGGAUGGAGUUUAAGCCGACUUUUUGUUGACUUAUGGACGCCAGUGACGAUGCCAUCUUUACCAGCGCAGUGUUGAUGAGAGGGAAGACCAAGACAUGAUGGUCAUUGGAGCUGAUAGCUGACACCGUGGGAUGAGAGAGGAUGGAGAAUAUUGACAAUCCAGCCCCAGAGAGUAACAACCCUAACGGGUUUGUCAACCGAGUGUUUAAUGUUUCCCUGGAUGUGGAGAAUGAGACGAGCAGUGUUUAUAUUCAGGAGUCUGGGUCAGGGCCUGCAGAGAUGCAGGGCGAGACUCAGCCUGCAUCUUUUCAGACCCCUGUCAAGGACAGACAGGAGGUCAACCGACGACCUCGUGCCGCUGGGGGCAUCUGGAAGAUCUUGAACCGGAAAAGAGCUGUGUCAGAGCUGGAGCGAAGACCCCACUCCAUGAUCCUCCUUGGGGAGGCUUCCAUCCCUAAACAGUCUUUUGCUGAUAAAGUUCGCUCAUUUAAAAAACUUAAAUCCCCUUCUGUGUUUAGAGGGAAGGCUGGGAAAUUGUCUAGUGCCAAGCUCAGCAGCUCCUUGGUGGAUGAGGAGUCUUUCUGCCGAGACAUUGGCACGCCACAGCAAUCCAGCAGGGGUACACUUAGACACCGUGGCAAGAGGCAUUCAUACGCUGGCUACACAGCAGACUUUGACUGUUCUUUUGAAGACAUUGACCUCACAGCUCCGAUAGCUGACCAUCAACCUGGUGUGGUGCCGGAGACUACAGUUCAGAAUGGGUGCAAACCAUCAGAAAGAGUUUCCUACUCAAAAAGAAGCCACAACAAUUCAACAAACUGUAAUAAAACGGCAGGCUCGUGUGAGGAGACAAGUGUUAAGACAAGCAAAAGUAACCACCAGGGUGCAGGAAGGCGACAAAAAGAUGUGUGGAGUUACCUGAGGAGGAUCUCUCUUCUGGGGAAGGCCAAUCCUGUCUACUCAGAGAGGAGCUUCGAUUCGGAGCUCCACUCUCUAGAUAAGACCAUCGACUCGGACUACGGUUCUGUAGACCUUGAGAAUGUCAAAGACUACCAAGCACAGCCCCCAAAACAUUCUGACAUUAAGGGCCAUUUUGGUGGAUUGUUUAAAUUUUUCAAUAAUGUAGCAGAAACUGCCAGAAAAUGGCGGACAACAUCCCGCUCGUUCUCACCUCCAGAGGAUGAGAAGACCCCAAUUAGCUCUCCUCAGGCCUCUCAGCGCACAGUCCACAAAGUUCACAGUGUGACCCUAACACUUCACAGUGAAGGGCAUCCAAGAUGUCAGAAUACCCCAUCCUCAUCAUUGACCAGUAAAUCCUCACACUCCAGUAGUUUUGACCCAGCACAGGCCCCAGCACCCGUGACAGGUAGCAGAUCUCCGAAGGUUGUCUUAAAAGCUUUUAGGGCAUGCUCCGUAUCUGGAAGUGUCAAUGGCCUUCAAACUUCAGAAUGUACAAGCAAACAUAUAGCGAUAACAACAAACCACAUGUCCUCGACUAUAAUAGAGAAGCAUAUCCCUGACGCAGUUACAAACACUGAAUUGGAAAAAAGCGCUGAGCACGACAGGAAUCCACUAAACUGCUUUCAUCCAGGAGAAAAGGGAGAGGAAGACAGGGGAAAUGAAGAAGAUUCCAAGGAUGCUGCUCUUUGCUCCCACCAAAUACAGGAAGGGAAUAUCCAAGCACAUAAGGAUGGUAAAGAGAGCACAACCGAUAGCGUCCCAGCCUCUGAUUCAACCGAAGAGAUAUUCAAGCUGUGUGAGCAGAUUGCAAGCCAGACAGCCUGCAGUGUAAGACUGCCAGGCCCAGCAUUGCCCCACUCUAGCACAGAGAAGACCUCUGUACCCCAGAAGCUACUGCGCCCUCGUCCCCGCCCAGCAUCAGCUGUAUUGGAUCUGCAGAAGCCAAACCCAGAGCAAGACCUCUACAACCAUUAUAGUGAGUUUGGCUCACUGUGUCGAUGGAAGCACAGACCUAAUCCCACCGUGCAACACUCACCGGGGCUUAGAUGGAUGACUGCUCGUCCCAGGCCUUGCUCUGUCAUUGAAGCCACUGUUAGUAGAGAGAUGCAGUCCACGGAGCUGCACCACAGAGCCUUGUCUCGCCCUCCGGGGGUGUCUCCAUUAGAGCCCCCACUGAGGGCUUCUCUGCAGCGGUGCCGCUCCCUGCCUCUGCCCCCCAGCACCCUCACUGCCUUGGCUCUACUCCUCCCCCCCUCAGCAGAUGUGGGUCAGUCAUCAUCGGUGCGCCUGCGGUCUGGAGAUGGGAGCUGUAGGAGGAGGAGGCUGCUGCGACCUGGGUCAGAGCCGCUACAGGUCAACAUUUUGAUAAGUGGAGGGUCAAUCGUCAACGCUGAGGCGGUAUGGGACCAUGUGACCAUGGCUGACCGGGAGUUGGCAUUUAAGGCCGGUGACGUCAUAAAAGUGCUGGACGCUUCCAACAAGGACUGGUGGUGGGGCCAGAUUGAUGAGGAGGAAGGAUGGUUCCCUGCCAGCUUUGUGCGGGUGGAACCCCACCCUCCUCAGCCCCAAACAAAACAGGUUUUCUAUAUCAACCCCAUAGCAACUCCACGGUUCCAAAACACCACGUCAAAGUUGUGGGUGAAUCAGGAGGAUGGAGGAGCGGAACCAGCCGAAGGGACAAGUGAGGUUCAAAAUGGGCAUCUGGACCCCACCAACGACUGCUUGUGUCUGGGCUCGCCUCUCCAGAACCGUGACCAGAUGAGAGCUAACGUCAUCAACGAGAUCAUGAGCACAGAGAGACACUACAUCAAACACCUCAAGGACAUUUGUGAGGGCUACCUGCGCCAAUGCAGAAAGCGUGUGGACAUGUUCAACGAUGACCAGCUGAAGGUUAUCUUUGGGAACAUCGAGGACAUCUACCGCUUCCAAAUGGGAUUUGUUAGAGACUUAGAGAAACAGUACAACACAGAAGAGCCCCACCUCUCUGAAAUUGGACCAUGCUUCUUAGAACAUCAAGAUGGUUUCUGGAUAUAUUCAGAAUAUUGUAAUAACCAUUUGGAUGCCUGCAUGGAGCUGAGCAAGCUGAUGAGGGAUGGCAGGUACCAGCACUUCUUUGAGGCCUGUCGACUCCUCCAGCAAAUGAUUGACAUUGCCAUAGAUGGCUUCUUGCUCACCCCUGUCCAGAAGAUCUGCAAAUAUCCCCUCCAGUUGGCUGAGCUACUCAAAUACACGGCACAAGAGCACAGUGACUAUCGAUACGUGGCAGCGGCCCUGGCAGUAAUGCGUAACGUCACACAGCAGAUCAAUGAGAGGAAGAGGAGGCUGGAAAACAUCGACAAGAUUGCCCAGUGGCAAGCGUCAGUUCUGGAUUGGGAGGGGGAUGAUAUCUUGGACAGAAGCUCGGAGCUCAUCUACACUGGGGAGCUGUCAUGGAUCUAUCAGCCAUAUGGGCGCAGCCAGCAGCGAGUCUUCUUCCUCUUUGAUCACCAGCUGGUUCUGUGUAAGAAGGAUCUGAUACGACGGGACAUACUGUACUAUAAGGGUCGCAUCGACAUGGAUCGUUACGAGGUGCGGGAUGCUAUUGAUGGGAGAGACGAUGAUUUCAACGUAAGUGUGAAGAACGCCUUCAAAUUGUGCAACAAAGACAGCGACGAGAUCCACAUCUUCCUGGCCAAGAAGCCGGAGGAGAAGAUCCGCUGGCUCAGGGCCUUCCAUGAGGAGCGGAAGAUGGUGCAGGAGGAUGAAAAAAUCGGUUUUGAGAUCUCAGAGUACCAGAAGCGGCAGGCGGCCAUGACAGUGAGAAAGGUGACCAAACAGAAAGGUGUAAACAGGUGCACGCCCCCCUCAUACCCGCCCCCGCAGGACCCCCUCAGUGCGGGGCAGUAUGAGGUAACGGAGGACAUGGCACAAGGAGACGUUUUUGAAUUCAGUCAAUCCAAAAGAGGCCAGGCUCCUUUCUGGCAAAAUUUUAGUAGAUUAGCUCCAUUUAAGAAAUAGAGACUCUUCUGAAGGACCAGCUAUUUUUUUCUUAGAAGCACUAAACACUGGAUGAUCAUGUCCCACCAUGAAGAAAAUACACUUACUCAAGAGACUUUUAAAGCUAAGGACCAACGUUAACAUGGGGGGUGCGUGAAAGCAGCAAGAGGACUGAAUAUUUUAACAGAAUUGAGGGGAAAAAUAAAAGCUAAGAAUUCAUAAAAAUGUUAAAAACAUUUUUAGUUAUCGACCGCCGCACAUUUUCUCCCUCAGAUUCUGCAACGCUUGUCAUCACACCAUCUGAAUGUCCUGGAGUUGAUUGAGAUUGUUGUAUUUAUCCUUUUCAAGUCCGUCAUCCGGAGACACACACCAGGCAGCGCCAGGUCAUUUUGUAUGAGUGAGUCCGAGAUCGUUGCUGUGCUGCUACGUCAGAUUGCGCGUUGCAUUCUUGUGAAUGUGGGCCCAAAUAACGCCGGGCGUCUGAAGGGACGUGCGAGGCUCGACUGCUGGGCGUCACCUCUCCCGCUGCUUAUCACAGACCAUCCACGCUCCACGCAUGCUUUCAUCCGGAUCUCCUCUCAACCGGCUCUGUAGUAGCCUUUUCGUCCCUCUCCUCUUCAUCCUGGCAUCUUCUUUAUCUCUCUGCCCACCUGCUCAGCCUCCAUGAGUCAGAGGAAGCACCCGUUCCUUGAGAAAGCCGCCACCAGCCACGAUACGACUCCAGGAACAAAUCAAUAGCGGGAACGUCAAUAGAGUAUUUACAUUCUUCCACCAAGCAGUUUUGACAGGGUAUUCAUAUCCCAUCACUCGGAGGGUCGAAGGCGGUGGGUUGUGGAGAGCUUGCCGCUCAGAUGAACCUGCUGGGAGCAGGAGAUAGGCAGGCUACGCUCCAGCCACCUGGUGCCAGAGCCCCUCCUCUCUCUCCCCAGAGACCACCCCUGUAGCACUGUGCUGGCACCUCAGAGACCUGAAAGAGCACGGCCCACCUCCAGAAAUACACCUAGAGCUGGUAUUGAGCGUUAUUUUCUCGUCUGCUCCUUUUAAAAACUUCUUACUUUGUAUCAGUCGCACUCAGAAAAGCCACAGACUGAUAAAUGCAGGAGAUAAUAACGUCAGGAAACGAGGUAGACCCUUAACCUCAAGGAGGUCAAAACCGGCAUCGGAGGCUAGGUUCCUGAGGUGGUGAAGUAUUUCUGGAAGUGCAAUAUAAGAGCGUAGGAAGGCACGAGGAUGAAUAUAACGUGUAGCAUGCAGACAUCUUAGGUUUGUGGUCUGUGCAUCUCAACAGACUGCAGCUUGAAACCUUGGCACUACCCCCCCCCCCCUCGUCAUGUUGUGUAUUCAGAUCUGAUCCAUGUUCUGGCACCGGGUGCCGCACUGUUAAGUGAAUUACUGAAGACUGUGGCCUGAUCAGAUGGAUUUGUUUAACCGACAAUAAGCGAGGGAGACAUUUUUCUGUGUGGACACUUCUGUCAUGUUCUUUGCUACAGCUGGAAUGUAAGGCAAACAUCUGUCGAUGGUUUGUGAGCAGACAUUUUUUAUGUGGGAUUUGGUGACAUUACAUUAUCGUGGAACCUACGCUUUUUAUCACUCAUUUGUUCCGAAACGGGCAAAAACCGAGGCAGUUUUUCCCAAAGAAAACCAGACACCCAUAAAUAUGAAAAAGGUGCAUUUUAUAGACAAUAAUUGUAGUUUUACAUGCAAAAUAUUGCUAAAUGACAAAUAGAUAAAUAACUGAUGUGGACCUCCCGUACAUCACAUCAGGGACCUCAAACUCAACCCAGUGGUCGGCCUGGCUGAGUUUUUAGACGAUUCAUAAUCACGUUUCAACCAAGUGACUAAAUUGGCAACAAACAUUGGUUGGCCAUAAAUGCUAAAAAUGUUAAACAUAAUUGUAAAAAUAUAACAUUAAAGAUGGACAUUUAUUGGUACUUUUGCUUACUUAGAGGAAGUUGCUCUUUAUUUGGGCAAGCAGGAGCCAAAACUGAACUUGCAGUGACCUUGUCGGUGCAUCAGAAAUGGCAACACUAUAACCAUCACACAGCAACUUAACACAUGACAGCUAGAUCACACAUACAUAGGGUUACUACUACUACUAGUGGAGGAUAAACAACAAUUAUUUUAACCAUAGCCUGUAAUUUCACCAACUAACAAUAAAAAGGUGCCGCAGAGCAUGCUGGAAGCAGGGCAUCGCUCCAGUUUUUGACUGUCUUUACUUGUUUUGCGAAACGUUGCUAGUUUAAUGUUACAUGUUUACAGUUAUUACGCCCCAUAGCAGUAGUAGUUGUACUAUGUGUGUUUUUAUUUACUUGUUAGAUGUUGUGCUUUUUCAUAAUUAGUGUUUUUCAUUUCACUGCGUCGCUGCCAGUUCAGUGCUGGCUAUUGCUUGCCCAGUUAAAGAGCAUCUAAACUGCCUCUCAACAUCUCCCCAGGGUCUGUGGGCCGCACCUGCAGUACAUCCAACUUGGGGUUACUAAUGAAGGGGGCCUUAAAGUACGGUUGCCAAGCCAAAACCAAGGUUUGACUGUACUUCACUACUCAAUUAUUACUUAACAAGUGUGAUAUAUUGUUCUAUGCCAUUUUGUUUGCCUUCCUGGGACAGUUGGAAUUGAUUUGUAUGCAGCGCAAUAUGUUUCAUUUGACUAAAGGAAGUUGAGACACGGGUGAGUGGUGUCCGUGGAGAUGGCUCCCAGUCAGAUUGUUCUGGAAGAUAAUUCCCUUUGCCAACAACAUAUGGUUCCCAGAUCAUGAUAACCUCAGGUCCAGUGCUGCGCCCACCCCCCCACACCUCCCACCUCCCACCUCCCUCGCCUCCUUCCUAUUCCACACACAGAUGCAAACACACACAGAUACACAAUCAUGCGCACUUACUGGCCCGUUGUGCUGCGGAGAAGAAGAGAGAUGCUAUCUAACAGUGCCUUCCAGCAUUCCACUAGUGAUUAUCUAUUCAGUUUCACAGGCAGAUUUGAAUUCGUCACGUAUUUUCCCUUCAGUGUGGGACUUGCAACAGCCUCUUCCUUUCUCUCUGGCUCUCUCAACUCUCAUACUGGGAAUUCUUGGUUUGCUGGUGCACCAGAUCCACCCGGAUAAAGAUCUUUUUCCACAUACUGUGCACAAAUACUUGUUACGUUCCUUUAUCACACUAGCAUAGCCGUGAUUCUCUUGCACAAAUAUAAGUUAUUCUUAUUUCAGAUGUUUAGACAUAGAGUUGCUUCAUUGUUGAAAGAUGAUUACUUUGGAAUAUAUCGUAGAAAUCAUUAGUUUUCCUUAGUGGAGUUAGAGUAUACUGUUCAAAGACUACUACUACUACUAGCAGUGAGUUAUGAAUUCAAUAAGAAAAAGUAAUCUAUUUUAACUUUAUCAGCGACACAAAUGUAAAUACUGUAAAAAGAACAGAUCAUAUAUUUGGAUAUUUUGCGUUGGAGACGAAUGUUGUUCCAGUUCUAGCGUACGGUAGAGCUCAGUACCCGGUAAAUGCAUGCUUGUGGCAUCUGAUACUUUGCAUGAGACUUAAAACAACUCUUUACGGUUUGUUUAGUUUCAUUUCAUUUCUGUGGUGAAGCCACUGCCAUCUCACUGCGAGGAGUCCACCCGUCUCCUGCUUGUGUCACGUUUACGCUCCUUUUACGCUUCUGUUCUUCGUCCACGUCGGGGAAAAGGACGGAGCUUUAUCCCGGCGUGGAGUCAAAGAGCGAGCUCUUGAUAGGUCAAAGGCACUGGCAUUCUCUUUGCCCAAAUAUUAGAGGUUUUUCUUGUCAUUUUUUUUUUUAAAUUUCAUUUCACUGGCUUAGCUCUUAACUGCUGGUUAUUUAUGGAACGCCAGUCACUAAGGCAAAACGGGUAUCGUUUUUCUAUGACAACCAAAUAGGCGUGAGCAUUGAUCAUAGGUGUUUGUGUAUAGAUUUUUAGUCAAGCAGAGGAGCGGAAUAUAUGCGAACUCUGUGGGGAUGUGCUAAAAAUAACUCUAAUCCUGAAGACACACACACACAGAGAGAGAGAGAGAAUACUUCAUUACAAUUCAUAUCAUGCUCUUGUUUUAAAAUGAGAUGCUCUGAAGUACAAUGACUUGACAGUAGAGAUUAUUUUCCUCUCUUGUAUUUAUUGAAUUAGUAGCCAGUAUUCAACGCUAUCAUUUUGAGCCAAUUUGUUCUAACAAUGUAUAUAUCGGUUCUGUUCAUCUGAUAGCGUUAACCCUGACCUUUUACACGAGGCCCAGAGGACUGCCUUUUGUUUUCCGGUCAUGAACCAAGACAGCCAAGUUAGCAAACUGAAUGCAUAAGAGGUCACUUGCAGCCUUUUUCGUGCAUGCACUCACACGCAACAUGACGACAUUGCCAAUAGAGAUCCAGGGUACCACAUGGAGUCCAAUCAGCCAUAUAUAAUGUGGUUUUCAAUGACAAGCUGAAGAAAGACUGGCGUCCCACUUUGACAAACACUAUUCAUUGUAUAAUACCAUCUAGUCCCAGGUCUGGGGUUUUGCUUAGCGCAGGAAAUGAACCCACACUACCCAAAUCCUUCUGUCGCCAUAUGCAAACAUUUCACUUUUUUCUUUUUUGCUGGCAUUUUGAGUUUAUUUGUUGUAGAAAUGAAAAAUAAUGCCUAUUCAAUCCUGAAACUGUGAAUGGGAGAGUGGAGAUGUCAACUCUAUGUACAUUAUAUGUUUUGAUGUAAUCAGAAGCACUGGGAAUAUGUUGUACUUCGCUGUAAAAAAAAAUCCAUAUCUGAUAUAGCUGUACUUUUGUUGAAAAUAAAACCUCUACAGAGCGGGGCCGGG